GGCGUUAUCCUCCGAGACGCGGAACAGUAAACUAACUAUGUUCUGGCCGGCGCGCUGGUGAUUGUGGGCCCGGUGGGCGUCGUCGUACCAAUUAUCCUCUAGCAUAUUUUCGUCGGCGACCGUGUCGCCGUCUGCCAUGGGCUGGAGGGCGUUGGCGUUUUCGUCGCCGCCGUGGGACUGGCCCGACUCAGACGAGGCUUCGUGCGAGGAGGCGGAGGGUUCGACAUGUUCGUGGUGAUGUACGUCGGCGUCGGCGUGGAUGGCAUCGUGGCCCUCGGGGUGUUGGUCGUGGUGGUGGUGGUGGUGGUGGGCGACGUCGGGGACAGAGGUCCUACGGUGGCGCACGGCGUUGCUCCUAUGCAGGCCAGGGCCAGGCCCCGGAAGGGGGUCGUAGAUGCGAUAGCAGAUGUAGCCGAGUUGGGCGGCGGCGGCGAGCGAGAAGACGUAGAAGCCUAUCCUCUGCCCGGUCAGCAUCGAGGCUGCAGCGGUUGGCGUGGUGUCCAUGAUGCCUGCUCCGUCAUCAUGGUUGGCGGCCGACGUCGAGACCUAACAGAUGCUGCCAAACUACGGCCGUACUAAGGUGCCUGGUAGUUAUUGGUAGUAGAUGUCGUGUGUUUGUCGUAGCACAAGGCUGUAGGCUGACCUCUGGGGCGCCGAGCGACAACCGACAAACCGACUGGUAGCUUCGAUGGAGCUCGGUUAUCCACCCUCCUUG